GAUUGAUGAUUAUCAGUUAUCAAAAGUUGUUUACCCGGACAGAAAUCAAAGCGGAGUGAAUCGUGAUUUAGUGUUACAGAACCAGAAAGAAUUGUAGCGAUUUAGCAUUUUAUCAAAUUCUAUUUAAUAUUUAUACCUGGUUUUGUUAUCUUAAUUACGGCUAUGUUGGACAUACGACCAAACAAUAGUAUAUAUGUAAAUAAUUUAAAUGAAAGAAUAAAGAAGGAAGAACUUCGCAGAUCAUUGUAUGCUAUCUUUUCUCAAUUUGGCUCUGUUGUGGAUGUAGUUGCACUGAAAACAGCAAAAAUGAGAGGUCAAGCUUUUAUUGCUUUCCGAGAUAUUAAUAGUGCCACUAAUGCUUUGAGAUCUAUGCAAGGUUUUCCUUUUUACGAUAAACCAAUGCGCAUAUCAUACUCUAAAUCUGAUUCUAAUGCCAUAGCAAAAAUCAAAGGCACUUAUGUUGAUAGAUCAGCUCUUGGUAAGCAUGCAUUAGAGGCUGCAGAAUUGAAAAAAGGAAAAAAGAAAGCAAAAGAGCCUGGAAAGGGAAAUCCUUUACUUCCUGGAUUGAUUCCUGGAGUUGCAUCAGGUUCAUUGGUUCAGAGUAUGGUUGCCAAUUCAUUACCUCAGACAAAGCAAACAGUGUCUACUACUCCUACUAUCACUGUGACAUCAGAACAACCACCAAAUCAAAUCCUGUUCCUUACCAACUUGCCAGUAGAAACAAAUGAGUUGAUGUUAUCUUUAUUAUUUAACCAAUUCUCUGGUUUUAAAGAAGUUCGAUUGGUACCUGGAAGGUCAGACAUUGCUUUUGUAGAGUUUGAAAAUGAAGUUCAUAGUGGAGCAGCUAAAGAUGCUCUUCAAGGAUUUAAGAUAACACCUACACAUGCUAUGAAGAUUACAUUUGCCAAAAAAUAAGCAAUCAGCAUGCUUUGUUGCCUUGUUUUUUUCUGCAUAAUUAUUUCAUUAUUGUCUGUGUUAUUCUUCUCUGUGGUAAAAUGAAUUGUGAAUCAACUAUUUUGUUGACGAAACAAAUAAAAUAUCUCAACUUAUCUGAAAAAAAGUAAA